GGCCCCGCCCCGCCGCGCUACCCGCUUCGGCUGCAGGCCUGAAGCAGGUUUGCUGUCCCGCAACUGCCAUGGAGACGGUGCUGAAGCGGGAGCUGGGCUACAGCUCGGUCAAAGCUACGGGUCACUCGGGAGGCGGGUGCAUUAGCCAGGGCCAGAGUUACGACACGGACAGAGGACGAGUGUUUGUGAAAGUGAACUCCAAGGCAGAGGCUAGGAGAAUGUUUGAAGGUGAAAUGGCAAGUUUGACGGCCAUCAUGAAGACAGACACAGUGAAAGUCCCCAAGCCUAUCAAGGUCCUGGAUGCCCCAGGAGGCGGGAGUAUGCUAGUGAUGGAGCAUCUGGACAUGCGGUACCUGAGCAGUCAUGCUGCCAAGCUUGGGUCCCAGCUUGCAGAUCUGCACCUUGAGAACAAGAAGCUUGGAGAGGGGCUCCUGAAGGAGGCUGGCACCGUGGGGAAAGGAAGUGGACAGGCAGAGCGGCCCUUUGUGGACCAGUUUGGAUUUGAUGUAGUGACAUGCUGUGGGUACCUCCCCCAGGUAAAUGACUGGCAGAAAGACUGGGUCACAUUCUAUGCCAGUCAGCGCAUUCAACCCCAGAUGGACAUGGUGGAGAAGAGGUCCGGAGACCGGGAAGCUCUUGAGCUGUGGUCUGCUCUGCAGUUGAAGAUUCCUGACCUGUUUCGUGACCUGGAAAUUGUGCCCUCCUUACUUCACGGAGACCUCUGGGGAGGGAACGUAGCAGAAGAUUCCUCUGGGCCCAUAAUUUUUGAUCCGGCUUCCUUCUAUGGCCACUCAGAGUAUGAGCUGGCAAUAGCUGGCAUGUUCGGGGGCUUCAGCAGCUCCUUUUACUCUGCCUAUCAUAGCAAAAUCCCUAAAGCCCCAGGAUUUGAUAAGCGCUUACAGCUGUAUCAGCUCUUUCACUACCUGAACCACUGGAAUCAUUUUGGAUCUGGGUACAGAGGAUCCUCUCUCAACAUAAUGAGGAAUCUCAGCAAAUGAACUGGCCAGAGGGCAGAGUCUCCUCUGAGUGUGCUGGGUCUCCUAACAAGAUGAUUCUGUGUCUAGAUCAAGUCUCACCGUCACAAGCGUCACUGCUCUGAGGGAAGUGCCUCAGAGUCAGGUGACCAGAUUCCAACUUUUCUAAGGAGUUCAUGAUUCUCCAUUGUCUUUUCUUCAUGAAUUCUUCCCAUUUACUCCAUGGCUGCACUUGCUUAAGAUCCCUUGAUGUUUUAUUUCUUAGCUUUGUAGAGAAUGGGUUAUUUCAGAGGAAUGGUUAUAUAAUCCUGAAGUUGUGUACAUUGUGAGACUUUCUGGCUAGGUUAGGCCUCAGUGGUGAUUUGAGCAGAGACUUAGGAAGUUUAGAUACACUGAGCCACACCGUGCUGCAAAGGUGAAGAACUAUGAGGACCGUGUUGGUGUGAUUGAGGUGCCCACCUCCCAUCACUUCCUUGUUGUGCAUUUGGAACAUUUCUGAGCUCUUCACAGUGAUGCUUUGUGAUGGUCAGGCGUGAUCUAGACAUGGAGUCAUCUUGUUAGAAGAUUUGAAUAAUGACCAACUCUAAAAUCAGUGAUAUUCCCUCUGCUUGUGUAGCACCUCUGAACCCUGCUGCAAGCUGAGCAGGUCUGGAGAUUGGUUUGCGGACUGAUCAAGCUACCAACCUUAGGGUAACUUGGCUCAGUUUU